AUGUCCUCAGGUAUUCCCGAUGUCCUUAAAGAGUGGGAGGUCUUAGAAAAAGAGUUGUACACAAUUCAGGAGACCCACAGGUUAUACAUGCAGAAGCUUGAUGAAGUAUCAAAGUUACAGAAGAGCUUCUCAUCCUCCAUCAGUCGACAAAAGAAGAGUCUUAAAGACCUAUCUCGUUCAGUGCAGAAAUGCAGAAAAGGACUAUCAGAGGAGGAAGCCAAGCCCCUGGAUGACAUACGCUCUCAGAUACGUGAGAUGCCAAACACAUUGAACGAAAUGGAAGCUUUCCUACCAAAGAAAAAUGGGUUAUACCUCAGUCUUGUACUGGGAAGUGUGAAUGUAAACCUUCUGAGUAAACAGUCCAAAACAGCCUACAAGGAUGAGUAUGAGAGAUUCAAGCUCUAUGUGACGGUCAUCCUGCUGGUGCUUGCUUUUCUGUGCCGUUUUAUGGUUAGCUAUAGAUUUAUCGAGGCUGUCCUCAACUUCCUGUUGGUGUGGUUCUACUGUACGCUAACCCUCCGAGAGAGUGUUUUGAUCAGCAAUGGAUCCAGAAUUAAAGGGUGGUGGGUGGUCCACCAUUACAUCUCCACCUUCCUCUCUGGAGUCAUGCUGACCUGGCCUGAAGGCAAGCUGUAUCAGAUGUUUAAGAACCAGUUUCUGGCCUACUCAAUGUAUCAAAGCUUUUUGCAGCUUCUUCAGUACUACUAUCAAAGUGGAUGCCUCUAUAGGCUCAAGGCUCUUGGUGAAAGACACAAUUUGGACUUGACAGUAGAGGGUUUCCAGUCUUGGAUGUGGAGAGGCUUAACGUUUCUACUGCCCUUCCUCUUCUUCGGUCAUUUUUGGCAGCUGUUCAAUGGGAUCUCCCUUUACCAAUUGUCCCGACUUCCAGAAUGUGUAGAAUGGCAGGUAUCUAUGUGUGGCCACUGCUUCUUGGUGCUCUUCAUGGGGAACUUCUUCACCACUCUUGCUGUGGUGCGCCAAAAAACACAUCAGAAGAAUCAGGCAAAAGCAAAGAGUCAAUGAACAAACCACUGUUGGGAUGAUUCAGACAAUACUUGUGAGCUGCCCGUGUGAGCAAAACGGUCCAUGUGAGCAAAACAUUGACUCAAGGCACACAAAUAUCAUGAGGUCUCUUUUAAUGAAUAUAAAUAAUGAUAAAAUUAGGCAUCAGAUAUUGUGUAGUUGCCACAUUUAUAUAGACUUUACUAAUAUUGAAAUGACAAAGCACAUUGAAGGUUGCAUCUUUUUGUAUCUUUAACAACUGCAUAAAUAUUAAUUGUUGA